UUACAGAAUAAUAUACGACGCGUCAUAUCGAUUGGUUCUGAGAAAAGGGAUAUUAGAGAUAUCUUUAUCAGACCGUCUGGCCAAAAACUAAAUGAUAAGCCCAAUCGAAAUUCCAGUAUUGUCGAAGUUGCAUGCACAAUCCAGACAAAUAAAGAUAUCACAUUUGAGGAUCAAAACGUACAGAGAAAUAAUACAACAGUUCCUACAACGACGAGCUCAAUGACAGUAUCAACCACAAUAUCAACUACAUUACGGUCCACAAUUUCGAAAAAUUUUACAGAAAAAACAACUAUUUCGCAAACAGACCGUAUACCAGUUUUUACAGGAAACACGAGUGUGACAACAGAAUCGAAUGUAGCAACGACGAAAAUAACGAUUCCGACUCCGACUCCGAAUUUGACAUCUAAAACAAGUACAACAGAUGGAAUUAUUACAGUUCCUUCAACGCAAUCUACAACGAUAUCCAUGCGUUCUACAACAAUGCCAAUGCAAUCUACAACGCAAUGUGUAUCAAACAUAACGUAUCCAUCAUCCACGACAGCAUCUCCGUAUUCGACUACAAUAGAUGCUACAGAAAUAAUUACAACAGAAAAUAUAACACUUCCGAUAAUUUCAACGACAUUCGUAACUAAUCUAACGGUACUUACACCUCCACCGCAAUUACCAAAUACUACAUCAACGUUUUUAUCAUCCAUGCCGCCAGUUACAACAAAAACGACAAAUACAACGACAAUUACAUCUAAAACAAAUGUAACGGAAAAAACGACGUUUACUAUGAAAACGAUAACAUCGACGUCUUUUUCGUCUUCUUCAAUGGGAUCUUCUUUAUCAAUUACGAAAGAAACAACAACAAGAAAUUCAACCUUUACUGAUAGUGAUAUCAAUGUAACCGACCCAAGUACGACUGAAGAAAAUAUAUCAAAAAUGACCACUCCUAUAUUUAAUUAUAUCCUUAGAGAUGAUAAAGGAGUGGCGUGCGUUCUGGCAAACAUGACGAUUCAUGUAAAUUUACGAUACACAACGAAAGAUUUUCAGAUACUAGAAUCCAUGUUGACGGUUCCAACAGACGCAACGACGACAGGUAUUUGCGUUGGAAAAACAGCCAAUAUGACUUUGAGUUGGGAAGAACCAGUUAAAAGCUACAACAAUAAAAAGAAUAAAAUUACUUUUAAUUACUCCCAUGAUAAUAGCAAGUUUUUUCUUGAUUCCAUUUUCGUCGACUUGCAUGAAAAAAGAAUGAUAGGAAACUCAACGGCCAGGCAUCGAUUAUUCUCCGCUGCGAUAAAAGAUGGAAUAUUUAUAUGCGAAAUAAGCACUAUGAUAAAUGUCGAGAACAAGAUAAAUAUUGAUAUUUCUGAUAUCUAUUUAAUUGUCUUCAAUGAGUGUUUCAAUAAUUGUAGAAAAACAGUGACUAAUUGCAUUGCUAAGACAGUUAUUAAAAUCAUCGUAAUCAUUGGUAUAAUAAUUGUUAGUAUCGUUCUCAAUAUUAUACUUUAUGUCUUAUAUUCAUUAUGGUAUGUACAAAGAAAAUCCAAGAAUGAUUCCAAGAACAUUUUCAGGAGGUUUGUCAGGCAUUAGUUUUUAGAGAAAAUAAUUUUAAAAACCAAACGAAUAGCUUAGAAUUUAGAAAUUCCAAUGUCAUUCCAGUAGCAUUGUAACAUGUACAUUAAAUUAUAUAUCACAAAUUAAAGACAUCUUAUAAAUAGAAAAUAUUAGA